GGUGCUGUAUAAAUAAACUUGCCUUGUCGUUGUGUUUCAGUCGGACUCUGAGUGAGGCGGGGGAGGCAGAGGAGGAACAUGUGGAGCUCUUCACCACGCCAGCCACUAAGAUGGGCGCCGCCACCUCGGACUUCGGAUACAACUUGUUCCGCGCUCUGGCGACCCGCGAAGCCUCCACCAACAUCUUCCUGUCGCCAAUCAGCGUGUCCGCGGCGCUGACUCAGCUCUCCAUGGGAGGGUCUGAGCGGGCUGAGCGCAUGCUGUUCCGGGCCCUCCGGUACCACACCCUGCAGGACCCCCAGCUGCACGUCACCCUGAAGGACCUGCUGGCCUCCGUCCGGACCCCCGGGAAGGGCCUGAGCACCGCGGCCCGCCUCUACCUGUCCCGACGCAUUCGUCCAAAGCAGGAGUUCUUCGGCCUGGUGGAGCAGCAGUACGGAGUUCGGCCUAAGACUCUGGCAGGAGGACCCAAAGACGUGUCUGAGAUCAACACCUGGGUGUCUCAGGAGACCGGAGGGAAGGUGCUGCGCCUCCUGGCCAAGCCCCUCCCCCGAAACGCUGGAGUGCACACCGUCAGCGCCUCCUACUUCAAAGGGAAGUGGGUGACCCGCUUCGGUCAGAGUGGAGUGAUGGAGAACUUCCAAGUGGACGGGGCGGCUCCUGUCCGCGUUCCCAUGAUGCAACAGGAUAACUACCCCGUGAAGAUUGGAGCCGACUCGGACCUGAACUGCACGGUCGCUCAGAUCCAGCUGCUAUGGACAAUCUUGCACUAA